AUGAUUGAAACCAGUCUCUUAGCUCCAUUGACACAUUUGAGAGAGUUGAAUAUUUCGAAUAAUCGUAUCACAUUUGGAAAACUACCGAAUGAUAUUUUUUCGUCAUUAAAUAGACUCACAAAACUUGUGAUGGAUGCCAUGGGAUUGAAAAAGUUACCAACAUCUCUCAAUACUCUUACAGAACUUAAAUAUCUUUCCAUGGCGAAUAACAAACUCACCACAUUCAAUUUAUUGAAUGACGAAAUUGGAAAACCAAAACAAUUAUGGAAUAAUUUAACACAAUUAGAAUAUUUAAAUUUAGCAGGAAAUAGGUUGAACAGAUUUCCAAAACAAUUAUGCAAUUGUAAAAUGUUAGAAAUUUUAAUUUUGUCGAAUAAUCGAAUUACCAAUGAAUUACCUGAAGAGAUUGAGAAUUUAACCAAAUUGAAUACUCUAUUUCUGAACGGAACCAAAAUAUCUGCAUUGGAAAUUCACAGAAACAUGGAACGACUGGGAACUCUUGCUCAUUUAGAAUUGGGUCACAAUCCAAAUAUCCACACCAUACCACCUCCCAUUUUUAACAUUUCCAAAUUGGAAUCUCUUUCUUUGAACCAAGUUCCAUUCACAUACCUGCCAGAUGAAAUUGGAAAAUUGAAAAAUCUUACCUGUCUUGACUUGUAUGGCUCCAAAAUUACGACCUUACCUGAAACGAUUGCUGAACUGACCAAUUUAAGAGAGUUGGAUUUGCGAUUUUGUCGAGGAAUUCGAGAAUUUCCUAAAGCUCUAUUUGGAGAACAAGUGAAAAGUAGUACCAUUUCACAUACGUCUCCACUCACUCGUUUAAUACGGUUGAGUAUGAGCUCAACACUCAUCGAAUCUGUGCCUGAAGAAAUUUCCUGUCUCACUGGUCUUCAAACUCUCCUUCUCAAUGAUUGUCCACUUUUAGCUGAAAUUAAUGGUAUUGAGAAAUUAGUGAAUUUAGUGGAAUUGGAUGUCAGUAAUUGCAUUUCGUUGGCUGAACCUCCACCAGAUGUUUGUGAAAAAGGUCUUUUUGCCAUUCGUGAGUAUUUACGAGCCAAGAAUGAGAAGCCGUCCUUCUUCUCUUCCUUAUUUGACUCUGUUUUCGGCAGUAGUAACCAUUCAAAGAAGGACACUUCACCAUCGUCAUUUUCAAGUCCAAAAGUCUCUGCAAUCAGUGCAGAAGCAACUACUCUUGACGAUGGUGAACAUGGUGGUGCAGUUGACACUUUGAAAUCGUCAUCAUCACCUCUUCUCGACAACAUUGAGCACAGAGAAAUUCUUGUGGCACCAUCCACUUCGAGUAUCAAUCACGAUGGAGGACAAGUGGUUAAAAACAAAGGGUCCAUUUCUGCAGAGGAACAAGAGGAGAAUGACGACGACUUGUUUGAUGACGACUUGGACAGUCGUAAGAAAAAGAAGACCAACAACGAAAACACAGCGACUAGCACACUCAAGUCGUUCUUUUCAUUUUGGAAAUAA